CCGCUUCCUCGCUCGAAUCUCCACCCGGCCGACGCGCGCGCGUGCGAGAGCGAGAGAUCUUCUCGGAACCGCCUUUCAAACGAGCGCCUGACCACCACCACGCCAUACCCCCCGCCACUCUGACUUGAUCUGGCAAGCAAGGAUGGCCGCUCGAAUGCUCAGAGGUACAACGGUCGCCUCGAGAACAUCUUUGACUUCAGCUGUCUCCCGAUCAUCCUGUUCCAGAUCAGCCAUAUCUGCUGCGGGCCGCCUUGGUCCGAGCGCAGUGUCUGCUGCACGGCACAUGACAAACAUUGCCUCGACGUCGCUGUAUGCGGCCCCACAACCGCUCCGCAUCACACCCCCGACGGCCGAAGAGGAGACGGCCGACUUCAAGAAGGCCUGUGAUGAAGUGCAGAAGUGGUUUGACAGCCCUCGCUUCAAGGGCAUCAAGCGACCCUACGGACCGGCCGAUGUUGUCUCAAAGCGCGGGUCUGUGCCUGUACAGCCGCCGCAGUCGUCGCUAAUGGCCGACAAGCUCUUUUCGAUUCUCACCGAGCGCUUCCGCGAGCGCAAGCCGGUGCACACAAUGGGCGCCAUCGACCCUGUGCAGCAGUCGCAGAUGGCCCACUACCUCGAGGUCACCUACGUCUCGGGCUGGGCGGCCUCGUCGGUCCUGACGACGUGCAACAACGAGGUCGGACCAGACUUGGCCGACUACCCGUACACGACGGUGCCCAACCAGGUCCAGCGGCUGUUCAAGGCCCAGCUGCACCACGACCGCAAGCACUACGACGAGCGCUGCCUCCUGUCGCCCGAGCAGCGCGCCAAGACGCCCUGGACCGACUACCUGAGGCCGAUCAUUGCCGAUGCCGACACGGGCCACGGCGGGCUGAGCACCGUCAUGAAGCUGGCCAAGCUCUUUGCCGAACACGGCGCCGCGGCCAUCCACAUGGAGGACCAGCUGCACGGCGGCAAGAAGUGUGGACACCAAGCAGGAAAGGUCCUCGUGCCCACGUCGGAGCACAUCAACCGCCUCAAUGCCGCUCGUCUGGCCUGGGACGUCCUAGGCUCCGCCAACGUGCUCAUCGCAAGGACCGACAGCGAGAGCGGCAAGCUCAUCAGCAGCAACAUCGACGUGCGGGAUCACGAGUUCAUCAAGGGUGCUCUGAACCUGCCCGAGGGUGCAAAGAGCCUCGCUGAAACGCUCCAGGAUGCAGAGGCGGCGGGUAAACGCGGCAAGGAGGUGGACGACGUGGAGAAGGCAUGGAUGGACACGUGCAAGCUCGUCACAUUCAACGAUGCUGUUGCCGAGCACAAUGCCUCGAACCAGGCGGGUGUCGAGGAGUACAAGAAGCGCGUCGCUGGCGGCGUCUCCAACACCGUCGCUCGCGCCAUCUGCGCCGACAUCCUUGGCCCAGAGGGUGUCCCCUCGUGGGACUGGGAGAAGCCGCGGACCAAGGAGGGCUACUUCCACUUCACGGGUGGCCUCGACGCGGCCGUCAAGCGGGUCAACCUCUUUGCGCCAUACGCAGACAUGCUCUGGCUCGAGACCAAGACGCCCAACGUCGAGGAAGCCAGUGGCUUCGCAAAGAGGAUCCACGAGGUGCACCCUGACAAGAUGCUCGUCUACAACCUCAGCCCCAGCUUCAACUGGUCCGCCCAUGGCUUUGAUGAAACGGCGCUGCAGAACUUCAUCUGGGACCUGGCGUCGUCGGGCUUUGUCCUGCAGCUCAUCUCGCUCGCGGGACUGCACUCGACGGGCCUCAUCACCUCGGAGCUUGCGCGCGACUUCAGCAAGACGGGCAUGGAAGCCUACGUGCGCCUGAUCCAGCGGCGCGAAAAGGAGCUGGGCGUCGACGUGCUGACGCACCAAAAGUGGAGCGGCGCCGGCUACGCCGACCGCAUGAUCCAGACUGUCUCGAGCGGGUCGAGCGCCACGAGCGCCAUGGGCGGCGACUCGACCGAGCACUCGUUCUAGACGAGCUUCUCUCUCCUUCUUUUUCUUCCUUUUGCUCUAUAUUCAAUUGCAAUAACUUAUCUUCUCGGAG